AUGCGUCCUUCAACCUCCACAAACGUCGCCCUGGCUGCACUGCUGGCAGUGCUGGGUGCCGACGCCCACAUGAUCAUGAACACGCCCACUCCUUACAACUUGAACGGCGCGCCGCCGUUGCUUCAGACCUCGCCUCUGGGCCCUGACUUUCCCUUUCCAGGCCAGGGACUGUCGCGCGUCGUCGAGGUGAGCAAGUACGCCGCAGGUGGCGCCCCGAUCGAGGUGAAGUUCACCGGUUCCGCCAUGCACAAGGGAGGCUCGUGCCAGUUCUCAGUGGCCUCGGGCACCACGCCGCCCACCGACCCCAAGGCCUGGAAGGUCAUCUCCUCCGUCAUUGGCGGCUGCCCCGGCGAGACGGACGGGGAGGGUAAUCUUCAGACCAUCGGACAGGACGCAGAGGGUCGUCCGACCGCCAAGCAGUGUGACUCCUUCAGUGAGAAGGAAUGCAUCAAGACCUUCAAGAUCCCGGUGCCCAAGGAGCUGGCGAGCGGUAGCUACUCGUUCGCGUGGACCUGGUUCAACACUGUUGGCAACCGCGAGAUGUACAUGAACAUGGCCCCCAUCGAAGUCUCGGGCGGCGCCAGCGAUGCCGCCGGCCAGACCUACCUCGACAGCCUGCCAUCUAUCUUUGUCGCCAAUAUCAAGGGCAGCGCCGACAGCGCGUGCACCACCUCACCGGGCGUCCUGAGCUUCCCCGAGCCUGGAAAGGUCGGCAUGGUUCUUCAGUCUCCCACGGCGGGCUCGUCUGGCAGCUGCGCGGCGGCUGCUGCGGCGCCCAGUUUCGACCAGGACAUCCGCGCCAUGCAGGACGGUGGUGCCGCCCCUGCCCAGCCCUCGGGAGGGAGCGACAACAGCACCGAUGACGGCAACGACGGAUCAGCAGGCACUGCUCCUCCCACCACUACCGAUCUGCCCAGCGGCGUCUACGUCAACCCUCCUGCCACCCCUACCACCCUCGCCACGAUCGUCAAGGACCCCGAGACGACUGCUCCCCCUGCCGGGACGCCCGUGACUGUACCUGAUGCAGUCACCGGCGGUCUCCAGGGUACCAAGGUCGCUUGCGCGACGGACGGUUCGCUCAUCUGCAUCGGCGCUUCGCAGUUUGGCAUCUGCAACUAUGGCUACGCGUUGCCUCAGGAUCUGGCAGCGGGCACCACCUGUGCUGAUGGCAAGAUCGCCAAGCGCUCCACGUGA